CAGCAUAAUUGCUUAUGCAGGCUGUUUUGAAGAAGAACGAGGAACAGAAAAUUACGCCAAACGUUUUCUCACACCGGGAAAUAAACACUUCUGAGCAAUGCUGGUGCUGCUGGCGAAGUGAUAUUGGUUAUGUGGUGGAACUCAAGGUACGGAGCUGCUGAACAAUACCUCCCGAGAUAUAAGACGGGGCACGAGGCGUUCACGUACCCGCUCCUUUGGAUUCACGUCGUCUAAACUUGCAUUUGCAAUGACUACAGUCUAUUAAAGCGUUACACGAAAUCACAUGGAGUUUCUCCUGCGCUCACAUGACAGUCUGAGCCAUGGCAGGAGAGAUCAAUGAAGGAUCUGUCCCAGCAUAUUACCGGGAUGUGCACGAGGCCCUCAGCUGUAGGACAGAUGAGCGCGUGCAGGUUGAAGUAUUUCAGCGUUUGCUCCAAAGUACCAAUCUCUCCAAGGCAGUUCUCAGCCAGAUUGCAGAGCACGUUGACACCACAGAUGGAUUCCUGAGUAAGCUGUCCCUCUACAAAGCGCUGGCUUUGAUCGCUCUGGCUCAGCAAGGAAAGCAACCAAGUCCCAAACUCUUGGAAAACUGGAUACAAGAGUUGCCAAAACCUCAGCUUGGGGAGCCGUUGGAUUUGUGCACAUUGAGGAUGCAGCCAGCUCAGGAGAACGUACUGAUGAUUUCCCACAGCUUGGACAGCCUGCUGGCCAGAGACACAGUGCAGGUGGAGCUCAUACCGGAAAAGAAGGGUCUAUUCCUCAAACAUGUGGAAUACCAGGUCACCAGCCAGCGUUACAAAAUAGCAGUUUAUCGACGCUACAGUGACUUUGACGUCUUCCAUGAGGUUUUGAUCCAGAGAUUUGCCUACAGGAUGGUGCCGGCUCUUCCACCUAAAAGAAUGUUCAAAGGAGUGUUGGGCUCCAUUUCUGAGCGUGAGUUCAUUGAAGGAAGAAGGCGAGCUCUUGGCAGAUUCAUUAAUUUGGUGGCACGACACCCCUUUUUCUCAGAGGAUGAGCUGGUGAAAACCUUCCUUACCUUCAGUGGCUCGGAUGUUCAGACUAAGCUGCGUGACACUUACAAGAAAACCGGUGAUGAGUUCAUGACCAGCAGAAUUGCAACCCAAGCAAAGGAAUAUCUUCCAGCUGACAUUCAGUCCCAGUUUUCAACCAGCAGGGAGGUCAUCAGAAAUAUCCACAGCAGCUUCCAUAAGCUGCGGGACAGAGUGGAGAAAAUAGCAGAGCGCUCCAAGGAGAAUGCAACUGAUCUCCUUCUGUUUGGCAGAGAGUUGAGUACGCUGGGCUCAGACACUUUGCCUCUACCCCCCUUGGCAUCUUCACAGAGCACCUGGAGGACACUCCGUGAGUCUCUAAAGAGCCUGUCUGUAGAGUUCGCUCUGCUGUCUGACAAAGCGACUCACCAGGGCAGACGUGAAGAAGACGAUGUUGUUGAAAAAUUAAACCUUUUCUUGGACCUACUGCAGUCCUACAGAGACCUCUGUGAACGCCAUGAGAAGGGUGUGCUCCAUGAGCACCAGAGAGCUCUGCAGAAGUACGGCGUGAUGAAGAGACAGAUGAUGAACGCCACCGUGCAGCCCAAAGAACCGGCGUCCGUGGAACAGCUGGAGUCACGAAUUGUUCAGCAAGAAAACGCCAUUCAGACCAUGGAGCUGCGAAACUACUUCUCUUUGUUCUGCCUUCAUCAAGAGACACAGCUCAUCUUUACCUACCUUCCGAUCACGUCCCACAUCCUUGGGGCCUUUGUCAACUCCCAGAUCCAAGGCCACAAAGAGAUGGGAGAAGUGUGGAGCGAUCUCCAACCGAAGCUUGGAUGUCUCUUUGGAGGCCACAAUGGAAGGAAACCCUCCCUUUGAAGCUCGGAUCCAGAAGGUCCAGGAGAGAAGCACUGCCACUUAUCAAAACUGGAAAUGAUCUUGGUGGAAGAAUAUCUCUCUCAUUCUGUGGUCAUGUUAUAUGUUAAGAUCAACACAAGGAUUGUUUUCUAUGCAAGUCUUGCCGCCUAAGCUUUGGUCAUUUCCUUUGUUGGGUUUGAUCGUAAACCUUGCAGCCUCUAAGUGGAUGGACUAAUGGGUUCUCCUAAAGAAGACUGUGCUCAUAAAUCUGUCAUGCUGUGUUCUACCUGAAGAAGAUAUCAGCUCCAUUUCUGAGCCAUCCCUAAAAAUGACAAGUCAGCCUAACCCAGCAUGCAUCUGCGGCUGCUGUCCAUAGUCAGCAAGUGGAAGAAUAGUUAUGUUGUUGCUGUAGUGAGUGAUAAGGUCAGAGGUUAGAUGGUGAAUGCUACUCCGUGCUGCAUGAAUUACCAACAAAAGCCAGCCAUUACACCACACAAUAAUGCAAUACGGUGUUAUAGCAGUAUCGUACUGAACCAAAAUGUAUAUACUAUUGGAACAUGUGUACGGCUCACAACACACUCACACUUGCACUUAGAUGGAAUGGCGUGCACACUCCACCAGUGUUACAGAGCCAAUAGAUUUCCAUUAUGAAUUUGUAGAAGGUGAAGACAUUUAUGCAGUUGAAAGUCUGAACAGGAACAAAUGGCAGCGGGGGUGGCAAGUAAAUGUUACACCUUGCGUUAGGCAUUGGUGAAGUUUUCACUUUUUGGGUGGUGACUGAGCAAGAGUUUAACCUGGAGUGUUUUCAUUUUCAAAUCUCCUGCUUCUGAGUGAGAAUCCAGAUGGAAAACUACAUGUCUCAAAGAGGUUUAGAGUUUUACAUUGAACAAAUACGUGGAUGUAUAAUUAAUGCUUGUUAAGGCUUAAAUGAGCCUGUAGGACAAAAGUCUGCUGGUUCACACAAGAUAUUCAGAGUUUUGGAAAUAUUUCCGUGAUUAUUAAUUUAUGUCUUCUGUGUUAUGUGAAAAUGACCGGUUCUAUCUGUAUGAAACAUAUUUGCUUAAAAUGUAUUCUUAAGCAGAAUGGGAGAAAAAUAAAAAUCAGCAUUGAUCCUUA